UAUGUGAAAUUCUGCAGCAUGGGAAGCCUCUGGAGUGCUGCACAGCAGGCAGCUUCACUCCCUCUCUCACAGCAGAAACGCACACUGUCCACAACCAGAGCAGUGGGAGUGCGCAGCGCAUCCAGCGUGUCACACUGGUUAAGUACCUCCUCUGACCAGUACAACCCAAACCUCUCCUCUUCCAUAAAUCCCCCCGCACGGGGCACAAUGUCUCCAAACACCUGGAUGGAUUUCGUGGAAGCCGUUGUUCCUUUUACGCUCCUUCUUAGCAUGUCUCUUGGUGGGAACAAGAUGUCCUGGAUGUAUUUUCUCCGGAGAUUGUAAAGUGGAAGGGAAGCGCAGCUCGCCCGAAACCAUGUGGAGAGCGGCUACGUCCCUCAGUGGGAGCACCUGAGACAGAAAGCGACUGUCAGAGGAUCAACCAUUGUUUGCACUUUCGUGGAGAGAAAAGGAUCCUUCGAUGAGGAAACAAAGAGAGAAGAGAUGGUAGAGAAUGGCAGCACCUGACCUUCUUGACCCCAAGUCUGCCGCCCACAACUCCAAACCUCGCCUGUCCUUCUCGGCAAAACCGGUGGUGCUGAACGUUCCAGAGGAUGAGUGCGACACCCGGACAACUGUCAUGAGGUGGAAAACAGUAUCAGCCAUCUUUUUCUUGGUGGUGCUUUACCUAAUUAUUGGGGCAACGGUGUUCAGAGCGCUGGAGCAGGCUCACGAGAGCUCCCAGAAAACGGCCAUUCUUGAAGAAAAAGUGAAGUUCUUGGUCAUGCACGCCUGCGUAAACUCCUCUGAGCUGGAGGAUCUGGUAAAGCAAGUGGUUUCAGCAGUCCGAGCAGGUGUAAAUCCAUCAGGAAAUUCAUCCUAUCAGACAAGCCUCUGGGACCUCAGUUCCUCCUUUUUCUUUGCUGGAACUGUUAUCACCACCAUUGGAUUUGGGAACAUCUCUCCUCACACGGAGGGAGGGCGGAUCUUCUGUAUAAUCUACGCUCUGCUGGGGAUUCCUCUAUUUGGAUUCUUAUUGGCUGGUGUCGGGGACCAGUUGGGGACAAUUUUUGGGAAGGGCAUCGCCAAAGUGGAGAAGAUGAUAGUGAAAUGGAAAGUCAGCCAGACAAAGAUCCGCGUCAUCUCCACGCUACUCUUCAUCCUGUUUGGGUGUCUCAUCUUCGUGGCACUGCCAGCAGUCAUCUUUAAGCACAUAGAAGGCUGGAGCACCCUCGAGUCCAUCUACUUUGUUGUCAUCACCCUCACCACCAUCGGCUUUGGAGACUUUGUCGCUGGUGAAAAAGGUGGGUCAGAGAGUCCAGAUUACCUGAACUACUACAAGCCUGUGGUGUUGUUCUGGAUCCUGGUGGGCCUUGCGUACUUUGCCGCUGUGCUCAGCAUGAUCGGAGACUGGUUCCGUGUUAUCUCCAAGAAAACUAAGGAGGAGGUCGGGGAGUUUCGCGCUCAUGCAGCCGAGUGGACAGCAAAUGUGUCAGCAGAGUUCAAAGAGACCCGGCGGCGGCUCAGCGUUGACAUCUAUGACAAGUUUCAGCGCGCUGCAUCCAUCAAACGUAAGCUGUCAUCCGAGCUGGGCAUUAACACAGCCAUCAACCAGGAAAUGACCCCUGGCAAGAGAACGCUGUCGGCCAACCUGUAUGAGGACAGAGAAACUUACCCCAACUUGACUCUCUCUCUCAGUCCCGUCCCAGGGGCCCUGGCCAGGAACGGCAGCCUCUAUCUAAACGGCCUCAGCCCAGACUACGCUGACAGGCGGGAGAUCGCCAUCAUCGAAACUCUCAAAUGAAGAGCAGCAGGAAAUGAGCUUUAAGGAACUGAGUGAAACACAUCUAGUACAGCACACAUAAUAAACACUGGUGUGCUUAUUGACUGAGCGUCAAUGAUAAGGUACUCAUACGCGUUCGUCAAGUGGAUUGUACUCCAAUCAUUGAUUGAAAACCUUUAGAGUGAUUUAAACACAGAUCAGUCGUCAAGCUCCAUACUUUCAUGUGUGUGUGUUUAAUACUCACACAUAAAAAAAAAUCAUGCACGGUGUGAUAGCGCAGAAGUUCCAACUUCUUUUCACUAUGUCUGUACCAACAUGAUCGACGGCUGUGUUAGUGAUUGAGCCCGAUCAGAAGCGUGCUCCUGACUGGGAAAAAAAAAGAGAUUGUAUAAGAGGCAGGAGUUUCACAAACUUCUCUCUGAGCAGGAGGGAAAUGAAAGCCCAUAUUGAGGUAGCAACUUCAUCUUCUCAUAUACCAUCAUAAAAAGCCUGUAAACACAGAAAUAAAUACAUUCAUCAAACUUAGAAAGCAAUAGAUGUAUCUGUGCUCAUCUCCUGCUGAAUUUCCAGAGGCCAUAAAAUCUGCAUCAGAUAAAGAGGACCCUCACUGCUACAAAUACUCAGACUGUGGAUUUUUUUUUUCGUUUACACUUCUUACAGUAUGAAUUUAUAUGCCUUGCAUUCACCAGUCAGUCUGCCCUCACUAAAGAGACGAAUGUUGACAUUUUUGUUCCUUCAUGACUGGCACACAGCGUUUAUCUGAAGGAAUAACCCACUUGUGCCUUACUGAAAACCACACUGAACAUGUGAGGAUGGUGACGCAUGAAAGACUGAGCAACACCGUGUCUGUCCACUCAUACUUAUUUAUGAGCACAGUAGUAAUAAAAGACAUGUAGGAGGCAUCUUGGAAAAACAGUAUGACGAAGAAGAGGGCACAGAAACUUUUAUUUAACCCAUUUUAUGAGGACAUGAGAGGAGAAACUGCUUCUUGAGAGAUCAUUAAUAACUGGAACAAUGUCACCUCUGUGUCAGGCAGUCCGUUUUAGGUAUUUACUACCGGUCUUAAUGUGCUGAGAUAGUCACGCUAACCACACAGUGCCAGGCUCACUGAUCAAACCCCACUCUCCUUGUUUUUUUUUUUUUGAGGGUUUUUUUGUUGUUUUUUUUUUAUUAAACUGAAACAUAGAGCGUGGUGCAUCAACAAAGUCCCUGCACGUAUGGUACUGUAGCAAUGAAAGCUCUGGGGCUGUGAAGCAUAUCUUUACCUUACUGCUUUUCAUGACCGAGGGAGAUGGGGAAUAUUUCCUCAACUGAUGAAGAUGAGAUCCAUUAUGUCUGGCCAAUACUGAAUGUACACCAUCAAAACCCUUUAUUUGCUGUAUAUCACUGCAGUGACUCAAUUAUCGAGACUUUAGAGGUGAGUGAGUUGCAUCAGAUAGAAAUCGAAGAAUUGAUUUAAAUAAAUGCUUCUCUGCCGCUGGUUUGGCGUCGACAAAGAUCAUGAAAAUGGCAAGAAUCUUACUCCGAUUCUUGAUACUAAAUAUACAUUUUGAUUUUUGCAUUUUAAGUGGAUCUAAUUUUUUUUGUUUUUUUAUUCAAGAUAUUUCUGAAAGCACAUAUUGCAUUUCAUGCCGUUAUGGAGGAUAUCUUAGGCUCUGGGGUCUCCCAGUCGAAAGGUUUGGAUUGUGUGUCUUAGGGUUUUAUUCAGUGCUUUUAAGCAGCAUGAUAUGCUGUAGUAUUCAACACAUUUGAUAGUGCUUUUUUCAGUUUGUAGCAUUACAAAACACCUUUACAAUACAGUGUGUCUUAAAAGACAGUAAGUCAUGUGGAAAACCAAGUCUACUUGUUAUCUAUGAUUUAUGGGUUAAAUUUAUUGGAAAAGAGUUUGUGUUGUGUCGCAGAAUGAGCCGGUUGCACCAGCUCUAAAUUUAAACAGCCUAGUUAUAACUGAAGUGUUUAAGUAGAGAUUUAUACAUCACGAAAUCAAAACAGGUUCCACCAAACAAAUUAGGUUUUACAUAGAGAUAAGUUUUUACGCAACAUUUACACUUAACUUCAAUAUGUAACUGUGAUGUAGCUAACUGAACCAAACGAUAAAGCUAACAUUAACGGGCUAAUAUAUGACCCAUUUAGAAAGAACACUGAAAGAGAUAACGGGACAUACCAGACCAGAAAAGUGACUGUCUAACAAUGAUGACUAACAGAGAUUUUAAGAUUUUCAUAAAAAUAACAACAUGGCUCAAAUUACAAAAUGUUAAACCAAUAGGCUAACGUUAAUAUAUAAAUAACCAAAUAACAUCAGCUAAGUUAGCAUCAGAUAUUUCCCACUCCUUCUAAACUGGAUUUAUAGUACUAGGUUGACACACGUGACAUUCCAUAUUUUUACGGCCAACUUAGAAAUCACUAUUAUGAAACCAGCCAGUGGUUGGAGACUUUAGGAAGGACAAACAAAUUUAGCAAUGGAGCUGAUGCAACCCAAUCCAGAACAGUAUAAUAAGGUUACAGGAUUGCUCUCUUUUUCUAGUCUGAAUCUGCUGGUUUCCUUGAAAGGCUCUAACAACUGGUCUACCUCCUUAAGCGUGAGCGCCGAUUUGUGCAGCUUGAACAACUGUACCGUCAGGUCAUCAGCUGUCAUGUAUAAUCAAGUCAAAGAUCGCGCCGAAAAUAAGAGAAAGGAUAUGAAACUAAAAAUAGCAUUGUUCAUUUUAUUGUGUUUCUGAAAAGCAAUCAAUAGCAUCAUAACAAACUGACUUGCAAUACACAAUGAAGGAAAGACCACCAGUACAUUAAUGCUGAGUCGCCUGGGGGGGGGGCUAUCCAAGCUUUAGUGCAGCUGCUCAAAGCAAAAGCCCCUAAAAGUUGUCCUGUUACUUUUUCCCCAGUCGGUGUGAUUGACAGUCACUGAGAGUCGAGCUGUCAGUGCUGCAGAAAGUCGAGUGCUGUCAAUGGAGCGUUACAUGAUGUGUCAGGCCUAUGAGGCCACAUGUGAGGAUACAUGUGCAUUAUUUUGUUUACAGUAAGUGUGUACGUGCAUGAAUGUACGUGCGCAUUGGGGCUUGAGGAAACUCAUUUUGUGUCCCACCUACACAAGCAUUUUCACGUCAUCCUCUCCUUUUCCCAGGGUGACAGUUUUUAAUUAAGUCUGCGUGCAUCAAAUCCCAGUUCAAGCAUACUGAAUGUAUCUGUCCAUUCAUGACGGAAGAGAUGAGCCUCAUUAUGAAUGUAAGCACAUUCAUGAUUUAACAUUGUGAUUUAUGUCCGCGAGUUCAAUUAGCUGAGUGGGUAUAAUGUGAACACAACGACAGGCUUCUUAAAGCCACUGGUCCUCGUUUAUUUAGCACCUGAUGCCAUAAAAACAUGAUUAUGUACCAAUUAUGGUCAUAAUGAUAAAUAAGAGUGUUAUCAUGGUUUGGACUUGGUCAUUUUCCUAAAAUUUAUGCAUGAUAAUCUUUUUAAAUGAGGCCCAUUAUGUCAAUGAAAGUCUCUCUGUAACUUUUACAUUUCUAAUAAAUCCAUCUGUAAGAAAUUGUCAGUAUACAUGUGACAGGUCAUGUACACACAUGCACAUCCUAAAAAAAAAACAAAAAAACAAAAAACAAAUCAAAAAGUGUUGCAUGCUACUUUUAAGUGUUACUUCCAAUUCUUAUCGAUCGAAUGUGUCUAUAAUCCCAGGCUUUCCUUUUUAAUGGCAACCAUGUGUUUCCAGUAUGUUAAUAUCUUAAUGUAUGUCUCCUCAAAUCAUGACAAACUUUUCAGAAGGUUUAGAAUAAAAUAUUUUAUAUGCAAACAAAUAAUAAUAACACUGAUGAUCACUGUUUUCUUUCUAUUCUUGAAAAAGUCGCUACUGCAGCUGCGCCUCAGGAGGUAGGUAAUCAGAGGGUUGGUGGUUCGAUGCCCGGGUUCCUCGAGUCCGCAUGCCAAAGUGUCCUUGGACAAGAUACUGAACCCAUAUAUUGCCCCGAGGUAUCAUCAGUGUGUGACUGUGUGAUAGAAAAGCACUGAAUGCAUAAAAAAAACACUGUGAAUGUGGCUCGUAGUGUAAAGUGCUUUGAGUGGUCGAGGAGUGGAGCUCAUUUAUUAAAUUUAACUGAAAAGUA